ACCGCUUGCACUUGGGACGCGCCGCUGCCCUCGGCUUCGAGUCCGGGGCGAGGCCGGGCGAGCGCGGGAGCGACGCGGGGCGCGGCACGCGGGCAUGAACCUGGACGGCGGCGGCCGGGGCGGCGAGUUCGGCAUGAGCACGGUGAGCUGCGGCAACGGGAAACUGCGCCAGUGGCUGAUCGACCAGAUCGACAGCGGCAAGUACCCGGGGCUGGUGUGGGAGAACGAGGAGAAGAGCAUCUUCCGCAUCCCCUGGAAGCACGCGGGCAAGCAGGACUACAACCGCGAGGAGGACGCCGCGCUCUUCAAGGCUUGGGCACUAUUUAAAGGAAAGUUCCGAGAAGGCAUCGAUAAGCCAGAUCCCCCUACCUGGAAGACUCGGCUAAGAUGUGCUUUGAACAAGAGCAACGACUUUGAGGAACUGGUGGAGAGGAGCCAGCUGGACAUCUCAGACCCAUACAAAGUGUACAGGAUCGUUCCCGAGGGAGCCAAAAAAGGAGCAAAGCAGCUCACCCUGGAGGACCCACAGAUGACCAUGAAUCACCCCUACCCCAUGGCGGCUCCUUACCCCCCACUCCCAGCCCAGCAGGUUCAUAACUACGUGAUGCCACCCCUCGACCGAGGCUGGAGGGAUUAUGUCCCUGAUCAACCACACCCUGAAAUCCCGUACCAAUGUCCCAUGACGUUUGGACACCGCAGCCACCACUGGCAAGGCCCAGCUUGUGAAAAUGGUUGCCAGGUGACAGGAACCUUUUAUGCUUGUGCCCCACCCGAGUCCCAGGCUCCCGGAAUCCCCACAGAGCCAAGCAUAAGGUCUGCCGAAGCCUUGGCGCUCUCAGACUGCCGGCUGCACAUCUGCCUGUACUACCGGGAAAUCCUGGUGAAGGAGCUGACCACAUCCAGCCCUGAGGGCUGCCGGAUCUCCCAUGGACACACUUACGAUGCCAGCAACCUGGACCAGGUGCUGUUCCCCUACCCUGAGGACAGUGGCCAGAGGAAAAACAUCGAGAAGCUGCUGAGCCACCUGGAGAGGGGUGUGGUCCUAUGGAUGGCCCCCGAUGGGCUUUAUGCUAAAAGACUGUGCCAGAGCAGGAUCUACUGGGAUGGGCCCCUGGCCCUGUGCAGCGACCGGCCCAACAAACUGGAGAGAGACCAGACCUGCAAGCUCUUUGACACCCAGCAGUUUUUGUCAGAGCUGCAAGCGUUUGCGCACCACAGCCGCCCGCUGCCAAGAUUCCAGGUGACACUGUGCUUCGGGGAGGAGUUUCCCGACCCCCAGCGGCAAAGGAAGCUCAUCACGGCUCACGUGGAACCUCUGCUCGCCAGACAACUGUAUUAUUUUGCUCAACAAAACAGUGGACAUUUCCUGAGGGGCUACGAGAUGCCCGAGCACAUUAGCAGUCCGGAGGAUUACCACAGAUCUCUCCGCCACUCCUCCAUUCAAGAAUGAAAAAUGGCAAGACAAGUGAUUUUGUUUCAUUGUAAAUAUUUGACUUUGACGAAGACAGCUGAUUGACCCCGUCUUUUUCUCUUGAGGAAAUCAGAAACAGGGCUUCAGUGCAGCAGCUGAGCAUCACAGCAAGAGUGUGUGUAGGAAAUUUUGGCUGACUGACAGACAAGCUCAUUCCCAAAGGGAAGAUGGUCUUCCUGGUCUUCCCAAGACAAUGAUUUCAUUGUUCUGUAGACUUCCGUCAUCCACGAUAACUGUGAAAAUUGACCAAGUGGUGUGUUUACAUUUACUUAAACUGCCCUCUUUAAUUUGGUGUAGAUCAGUUCUUGUUUGAAGACUGAGAAAACUUGUGUUUCAGUAUUGGCCACUGACUAGAGUGAUAAAAGCACUCAGGUGGUGUUGUACCAUUUCUCAGGGAAGUAAAGUCUAAAUUGGA